UCUAAGGUUGUCAAAUUUAGUGGAAUUUCUUUAUGUACUCUUUGCAAUUGCCGUGUGAAAAUUAUUUGUCGGAAGAAAUUGUGAUUAAAGUGGAGAAUUAAUUUUCUGCGUCGUCAACGAGCAGAAAAUUUGCAAGAUUAACUAAUAAUACGAAUAAGAGUGCAGCCGCCGUUAGCGACGCAGCACCCGCAAUCGUAUGCCAGUGAGAAAGAUGGGAAGCAGGUGUCCAAGAAUAAGUAGAUAAGCAACGUCUGGAAGCAAAAUUUUUGCUUAACGACGCAGACAAAGGAAAGGCAACAAUAAUAACAUAAGCAACUACACCCGUGAGGGAAAAUAUCACUCGCCAAGUAGACAGCCGACAGCAGAGCUGUGACGACGACGACAACGGCGACGACGUCGACAUACAAAUAACAACAAGAACAACACCUACAAUAGCAGCAGUUUAGCAAAGUCAACCAGCCUGCAAAAGGCAUACAUGCAAAACAGCAAAAAAUACACAAGAAUGCUCAUAUUGCAAAGCUAAAUACCACUUUGCCACUUUUUGCAUUAUUUAAAACUUUCAUACGUCGUUUUUUAAUACUUCCUGUGCCUCUUCUAAUUGCACUCAGCUUACCGUCAACUGAGUACGGCAUACCACCUAUCGACCAACCAAGCGGUCGACCUACUUGCGAUUACUUGGCGAAUACUAAUACAUUCACGCUGUGGCAAGAUAUUCGCUUUUAAGAAUAAUAAAUAACUAUUUUGGAACAUUCUUUUUCACAACUAUCUUCAAGUUUGGUACCUGCGAAUUUUCUCAGUACUGCCACGCGUUUUUCGACAGCUUCUACAACUACGAGUUUGCGGAUUUAAUUUUUUUAGCCGAAUCAAGGAUACAAUUUAGUUAAAGAUGGUCAAGGAGAAGCCUAAUUCUACACGAAUUUACGAUAAGGAUGGCUUUCGCCGUCGUGCCGCUUGCAUUUGUGUGCGUUCUGAUGCAGAAGCAGAGGUGCUGCUGGUAACCUCUUCGCGUCGCCCGGAAUUGUGGAUCGUGCCAGGCGGCGGUGUUGAACCCGAAGAAGAACCUUCGGUAACGGCUGUGCGUGAGGUGCUUGAAGAGGCCGGCGUUAUUGGUAAGCUUGGCCGCUGCUUGGGUGUGUUUGAGAAUCGUGAGCAUAUGCAUCGCACCGAAGUGUUUGUAAUGACUGUCACCAAUGAGCUGGAAGAGUGGGAGGAUUCGCGUAGCAUUGGACGUAAACGUCAGUGGUUUUCAAUUGACGAUGCGCUCACUCAAUUGGCACUACAUAAACCGACACAACGACACUAUUUAAUGCAAUUACGGCAUUCGAAGUACAAUACGACCACUUCGAGCACACCGCCAGUCUCUCCCACAGAAACAUAAGGAUAAAUGAGAUACUGUCACACUCACACAAGCGUAGAUGCAGUGCAACUACAUACGAUUACGUUGGCCGCGACACGUGGAUCGUAGACUUAAGCGACAAACACACACACAGACACACCCAUACACAUAUAUAGAUAUAAAAUACAUUCAUAACAAGGUGCUUGCACGCAUCACCUAUUGCGCUGUUAGACAAACUGCAAAUAUUGUUUCACCAUAAUACACUUUGAGUACCAAUUCUUUGCGCAUUCGCACCCCAUUCACGACAAUAUACUAUAGAUUUACUUUUACAAAUGGAAACGUAUUCAAGCACACCUAUACACACACACACAUGAUGGCAUCAUCAUUAAUUAUGAAGUAAAGUGAAAUUAUAAUAUGCAAUAUCAUUUUAAGUUAAAUUUUGUUCGAAAUAGGCAGACGUCUAUAGACUUUUUUUAAAAUUAUGCUCCACAUCAAUAAGCCACGUUCAUUAAUAACAUUAAGAUCUUUUGUAAUGCUGUAAUAAAGUCUGUAACGAUUAAGUUAAACAAAAUGUGAAAUGAAAAGAAUUAAUUGAACAUUUUCUGAUAAAUAGUGCAGAAAUCGAAACUACAUAUGAAUGCAAACUCUAUUGUUGACUUUAACUGGAACGCAUAUCCGGUGCAGAGGGAACUCGAAAUUUCGCGCAGAACACAUAAUUAUAUAGAAAUAUUAUAUUUUCAUAUAAUAUAAAAUUUAAAUCGAAAAUAAAUAAGGGAAUGGUUACAUUGACGAAGAAAUUUCUGCAACUCAAAAAAAAGUUUAACUACAAACUUUGAAAAAAUUGCACAUUUUUGUAAAUUUCUACUUAGAUUUUCUACUAUUUUAUAAUUUAAAUGAAACGAAAAGAAAUAAGAUGCUUAUAUGUAACUACUUACUAUUGUAACGUACAUUGAAGUUGCGCCAAACUGCUUUUUGUGGAAGCAAUGACAUUGAUGAAAUUAUGUAAUCAAAAUUCUAAAAACAAACAAAAAUAAGAAAAAAGUAUCUAAUGUUGAAAACAAUGAAAGUAACCGUAACUAAAACGGUUGAUUCAAACAUGUGAAAUUCCGUAUACAAUUUGUGAGCUGUUUGUAGAUAUUUGAUUUUCCGAAGAUUUUUUUCUUUUUUUUUCGUUUACAUUUUGACAUUUACUGCACCAGUUGCCUUCCGUAUUGAAUAGAUUGCCUGUAUGUUAGUAUCCGCCGUAUACCCGCCCGUUCAUUAGACAACAACCCACUUGUGCUUUUUCCCGUAAACACUUUAGUCUCAUUCUUACAACAAAAGAAAUAUAAUACUAUUCGGGCAUUGGUUGUUGGACAUAACUUCAUACCGGCUGCAUUUCAUUAUUUUGCUACUGUAGAUCAUAGAAAAUUCGUGGGAAAUUUACUUUUUAAAGUAUUUAAAACACGAUUUAAUCAACUAAUCGCAGUCACUGACAUUGUUAAGGAAGGAAAAGUAAUUUCUAAUUUAAAUGUAAAGAGUAAAUUAUAAAUAAUAAA